AUGAACGUACCCCAAGCGCCAGAAGGCAACUUGCUUGCAGAUGCUCUACUGCGAGCCGAGCAAUGCGUACGGCAGCUACCCGAUCCUUCGCGGGCGUCCAAGCGUACAACGUUCAUGCUGUGGCAUACCCCUUGUAUCACAGAUCCAUGUCAAGCCCGUUAUACACAUACCUAUACGCACGCGCCCGCAUGUGUCGCCGUCGAGAUCGUGCCGGCAAACGUAGACAGAGAUGGCAGUCCAAACCCGGGCGCGGCCUCCGGUGAAUCGAGCGACGCUGUGUUGAGGGACCUCGCGAUGUUGGUAGAGGGUACGUCAAAGCAGGAAGCGCCACACAGACGCUCAGGACAACCCAAACCCCUGGUGGCAACGACCACACUUGAGGCAACAGAGAUAUCGCAGAGAUGGUGCGGGAAUAGUCGACAGAGGAAGCGCGGGCAGUUGGACGUGAAGUUCUCAGUGGGCCUUGGACGAACAUCGUCCAAUAUCACGGAUGGUCUGAAGAAACCUUUCUAUGCUGUGAACAGGUAGGUUCUAAUAUCCUGUGCUCCAAUUAAGCGGUGGCGUUCUGGGUACGUAUAUGGGUGUUGUGGCACCCUGGUCUUGGUGGCGUCGUGACGGGGUGAGGAGAGCUCUA